UUUGAGUUUAUUUAUACAUAUACAUAUUGAGUGAUACCGUUACCCGCUGUUUGCCAUGAAGGCCCUAGUGCAUCGUCUAAUUCAGCAACGUGGGGCCUGCAAAUCCCAAUUAACUCGCGUGGCUGCGGAGGCUCAAGAGUUUGUACAGUCAUGUACUUCUGUGCAAACAUUAGAGCACAAGUUGGACCGACUUGUUGCAACUUUCAACCGCUUUAUGGAGCUGUCUGAAGAGCUGGUCCAAUAUAAUGAUGAAGAGGAAUACGUGGAUCCGGAUUUGGACAUCCCCGAAUAUGAGAAAAGGUUCUUUAGUGCGCAUAGUAUCUUCACUGAAGCCAUACGUGACCGGAGCAGUCACGAGACUGAGCACGACAACUCAAAUCUACUGCUAUCGACCACUGUGGAACGCUUAUUUGAGGGACAAACUCAACUUCUGGAGAGGAUUCGGGACUCAUCGGGAACCACAGAGCUGCAGUUCGAGAAAAUACGCAUUCCGACGUUUUCGGGCAGAUACGAGGAUUGGUGUCAGUUUAGUGACUUGUUCUUAGGCUCAGUCGACAAGAAGAGUAGUCUGUCCAAGUGCCAAAAGUUUCAUUAUUUGAAAUCCUAUCUGGAUGGUGAAGCGUUGUCUCUGAUAAAACAUAUUCCCGUAUCGGAUGCCAAUUACCAGGACGCAUGGGAGAGGCUCGAAAAUCGCUACAACAAGAAGUCACUGAUUGCUCGUUCGUUCAUUCAAAACUUUCUUUCGUUGCCAACCGCAAAGGGUUCAAACAUCGCCGAGUUGCGUAAGAUAGUCGACACCGCUGACGAAAUCGACGUGAUCUUAGGAGCUGAUCAGCUUUGGAACCUGUACACUGGACAACGCAAAGAGUUUGGUUCUGAAUAUCCUAUUGCACUUCAUACUAAUUUUGGUUGGGUCAUUACAGGCAGCUACCAUCUCAGUAGUGAUGCUCACAACCACGCACUAGCACAUCACGCGCACGAGGAUCUGGACACUUUGGUUCGAUCGUUCAUGGACAUGGAACGAGUUCAACCAAGUGACGCUACCAUUGAUGCUAGUGAUCCCGCUGAGCAACACUUCGUUCAUACGCACGCCCGCAGAAACGAUGGCGUGUACAUCGUCCAAUACCCGUUCAAGGAAUCUGCCCCUCCGAUGGGGUCCACACUGCCACAAGCACUACGACGCUUUUCUUCUCUCGAGCGGAAAUUUCGAAAAUUUCCUGCGCUCAAACAACAGUAUGUCGAGUUUAUGGAGGAUUAUAUACAACGAGGACACAUGGAGGUGAUUCCUUCUAGUACCGUAGAAAACGGUCCCGCCAAUCACAAUUACUUAGCACACCACGCAGUAUUUAAACCACCACCACGAAAUGCCGAGUUGUAUUCGAUGGCUCUGGAGAGGACUGCAAUGGAUCUUCACUUAAUUCACGACUACACAUCGGACCACCUAUUCAAAGGGAUUUACUUGGAGUAUGUCUACGUUUCCGUCAGCAUCGCUAUGUGUUUUGUACGGACAUUGAGAAAAUGUUUAGAGGCAUCCUGGUUUCAGAAGAUCACACGCAUUACCAACGGAUUGUCUGGCGAAAGGAGGAGACUGCUACACUCGAUCAUUAUCGAUUGCUGACCGUGACGUAUGGUUUAGCGUCUUCGCCGUUCUUGGCUGUUCGAGUCCUCAAGCAGAUCGCGCAAGAUCAUGCCGAUUUGUAUCCGAAGGCUGCUGCUGUGCUUGUACGAGACGCGUACGUGGAUGAUAUCCCUACUGGUUGCGAUAGUAUCGACGAUCUCAUUGCACUCAAAGAUGAAUUAAUUUUGCUAUUGAGCCAAGCUCAAUUUAAACUUCGAAAAUGGAGUUCAAACUGUUGGUCACUACUCAAAUCGCUGCCACAGGACAUUUGUGAGUAUCCACUUGAAGCCCUAGAGGGAAAGAGCCCAACUCAAUAUGUCAAGGUUCUUGGAAUACGCUGGGACCCGGCUGUGGACGAGCUUUCCUUCAAGUUGACCAUUCCCGACGCCACAGGGGUUCUGACAAAACGGAUUUUGCUGUCCGAGCUUGCCAAGAUCUACGAUCCACUGGGGUUGCUUGCCCCCACAACUGUAUUUCUAAAGGUUCUCUUUCAAGAUAGUUGGCUGAGCUCGGUCGACUGGAACGAACCACUACCCGCGCAGCUAUGCGCACGGUGGCAACAGUUUGUAGCUGAAGUUCAUUUACUGGAAAGCUGUCGCAUACCCCGCUAUCUAUCCUCGCCACUUCAAGCAACGGAGCUGCAUGGAUUCGCCAAUGCGUCAUCUCAUGCAUACGCCGCUGUCAUCUACAGUCGCGUGAGAGUCAAUAAUGACUACGCUGUAACACUGAUCGCCGCAAAAACCCGGGUGGCACCCAUCAAACCUAUCUCCAUCCCACGGCUCGAUACUUCGUGUUGGUCAGACUCCGAAAUUGUACUACAUUGGCUCUCAUCACCCCCACGGACUUGGAACACUUAUGUUUGUAAUCGCACGGCUGAGAUUCUAGAAGCUUGCCCACGUAGCUGCUGGCAACACAUUCGCACUGAGGACAAUCCCGCGGACUGUGCAUCACGCGGACUUUUACCAAAGGAUCUGGUAGAACAUCAACUGUGGUGGAAUGGACCACCGUGGCUUUCCCAAUCACAUCGCACUUGGCCACCUGUUAAGGCCAAGUUCGCACUGUCGACUGAGGACGCUGAGCGGAUGGAAGUAAAGGUCAAGCCCCAAGUUAGUCUACACAUUUCCAAUGAAGGAAAUGAUCUUAACUGUAUGAUCAACAAAGCUUCCUCCUGGUCACAUCUCUUGCGGACACUUAGCUAUUGCUUUCGGUUCGUACAUCGUCUUCGUUGCAAGGACCGCCUGUCAUCAUUUUUAUCGUCAUGGGAGCUUCAAUAUGCCCGCUCUAGGGUAAUCAAACAUGUCCAGAUGGAGUUCUUCCAAGUGGAGUACAGACAGCUGAGCACUGGACAAGCCCUUUCUCAAAAGUCCAAGUUGAUUCACUACACUCCAUUUGUUGACGACCAAGGAAUUCUGCGCGUAGGAGGACGCAUUGGAAACUCGAUGACAACCUAUGACGCAAAACAUCCCAUACUUCUUCCAAAGGAAUCACCAGUCGCUGUUUUAAUAGCUAGACACCAGCACGUCACAUCGUUACACGCUGGAGUCGAAUUUAUGUUUCACACGUUGAGACAGAAGUAUUGGAUCCUGGGAGCCCGUAACAUAGUCCGCAAAAUUGUAUUCAACUGCAAGAUAUGCUUCCUCCAGCGCAAAGGAACGAGUACACAACUCAUGGCUGAUCUUCCCGCCUUUCGCGUUCAGCCCACCCGCUGCUUUCUACAUUCUGGAUUGGAUUACGCUGGACCAGUUACCAUCAAGACAUCAGCAGGUCGGACACCGAAGUUUGGCAAAGCUUGGUUUGCCAUCUUUGUUUGUCUGUCCACCAAAGCAAUUCAUAUCGAGCUCGUCAGUGAUUUGACGACUCCUGCAUUUAUUGCCGCUUUCAAACGUUUUUGGUCUCGACGUGGCCCUAUAUCCGACUUGUACUCGGACAAUAGCACAACAUUCCAUGGAGCCAGAAAGGAACUAACGGAGAUGCAACGGAUAGCUGUAUCUCAAAGUCAAGACGAGGAAAUUGCUAAUUUUCUGACGAGUCAGGACAUCAACUGGCACUUCAUUCCGCCAUCUGCCCCGCACUUUGGAGGUCUUUGGGAAACAGGCGUACGAUCUAUCAAACUCCACCUUCGCCGAGUAAUUGGUAGCAGUGCGUUAACCUUCGAGGAAUAUUCAACAAUUUUAACUCAGAUUGAAGGGUUACUCAACUCUCGCCCACUGUGCGCGCCCAGCGAUCACAGCUUGGAUCCCCUUACCCCCGCUCAUUUUCUUACAGGUCAACCUCACAUGUCGGUGCCGGAGCCGUCCUUGUUAGACGUCAACAUUAACAGACUGCAGCGUUGGAGACAACUGCAAGCCAAGGUUCAAGGAUUCUGGAAACGUUGGAAUCUGGAAUACCUUACUUCCUUGCAACCUCGCACGAAAUGGCAGCAGGAGUCCAACGACAUAACCGUGGACACUCUUGUGGUACUGAAGGAGCCAAAUCAACCGCCUAGCAAGUGGCUGCUUGGGCGAAUCACCGAAGUUCAUCCUGGCCAAGACGAGAGGGUUCGAGUGGUCACCGUCAAAACCGCCCGAGGAGUGUACAAGAGGCCUAUUACCAAACUUGCUGUGCUUCCCUUGUUCUGAACAGUCGUUCAGGGGGGCCGGUAUGGUGAGAAAUGAGCCUCGUAGUUUUUACAUGUAUAUUGCGAUUGACCUAUUUACACGCUCAUGAUUGUAGUACACCGCCUAAGUAACUAUUUUUACGCGCAUAGCUGUGUUGUUGUUUACUCGGGUCCAGAACAUAGCUGUAAUGUUCUCACACGCAUGGCCAGACCCGCAGCUGCACACGCACACAGCGAUGCGUUCCGUUGUUUUGCAUUGAAACCGUCGCGUCGAGUCUUAUCGCGUGAUCUUUCAAUUCCCUUUUGCUCGACUUCUUUUCGCGGAGUUGAUGCAGUAGAAACUUCGAGACGAAGCCGCCCGCACACAUAGUUUGUACCGCCGCAGAAUCGAACCCCCCGCUAUUCUUGUAAUAUAAUUGUACUAUAACCACCAAUAUUAAAUAAUCAAUAAAUAAUAAAUAAGCUCAAGAUAUAAACGAUUAUACAGUCCACUAAUUCA